AAGAUGUUUCACUGGAUGCUUGUAGUCAUCCAGCCAAGUACGCAGACGGUGGCGUACUUGGAUUCAGGCAACGACGACAUCCCGGAUGAUUUGAACUUUAUUAUAUCCACAUCGUUCACAAUGUAUAACCGAAUGGUACGACGACCUGAUCGACCUACCCAGUGGAUGACUCCUAUUUGUCCUCAACAACCCGAUGACAAACAGUGUGGAUACUACGUCAUAAAAUUCAUUGAAAGUUUCAUGGUCGUAGAAGAUCCAAUACAAUUGUUGACCCGACAAGAUAGGUUCUCCACUCCGUACACUAAUGAUGAGAUAAAUAUUAUGCGUGAUCGCUGGAUUCAUUAUGUGAAAGCGGAAGCGGAGCGACAACAGCUACCGUGUUAGACAGUGUGUAUACAUAUACAUAUUUAGAUGAUAUUAAUUAGCGUUAGUUCAAUUAUUGUGACUAUACAAAAUUUUAAAUAUAUUUAGACGUUAGUUUAAUUGUUGUCACUAUGCAGAUUUUUACA